CUGAGGUUUACUUCGGUGAAUGAAACGACAGUGAAAGGAAACUGAGCUCAGGGGGAAUUACCUAAACAGUGUUUGUAUAUUUAAAGAGAGAAUCAAAGUUAAUUGGACAAUUAAGAACAAUGGAUAUCACAGCGGAGGCCAAGCAGAUUAUGGUCCAGGCGUUGAGUAAAAUCUACAGCUCGCGCACCCAGCGCGGUGGACUCCGGCUCCACCGGAGCCUGUUGCUGACGCUCGUCAUGAGAUCUGCAAGGGACAUGUAUCACUCUGCCCGACUGACAAGCGAGGAAAAGGGGCAUUCUGACACAUACGGUGUGACGGAGAGCACAUCACAAGCACAAGAGCCCAUGGACACAACGAGCGCCACGACAGAAGCUCUGCGCUCGGCAGAGACACAAGCUACCGAGGAUGAGCAAAGGUCCAGACUCGAGGGUCAUUCACAUGCACCCGAGCCUGCAGGACUCACAGUGGACAAAGAAAACUACAAUCCAACCAAACUGGACCGUCACUCUAGAAAGCGACGGAGCAAAACAGCCACAGAUCCCGACUUCCUGCCGUGCAAAAAAGCCAAGCUGGAGUUCGUGGAGGUCAGAGGAAUUCUUCAGGCAACCCAGAACAAUCCCGCCAUCUGCGGUAGAUCAAUGGACUCACUGUCACUCGUGCCUAUGCCAAGAACUAUUGUCACGUUUUGACAAGAAUAACCGCAAUGGCACAUCAAAGUCGGCAAAGUCAACUUUGCGCACUAUUGAGGGAAGCGUAUGCUAUUGUGGCGCACAUCUACUACCGAGUUUCUGCUGUAGUACUCAGGGCACUUGACUGAGGUGGAGAAGUCAGUGGGUGACUACUCAGUGGAACAAUGUGACAGCUGAUUGCUCAUCGGAGAGCGGCUUGUUUUGGAAAUGUAUAAUGGUGCUUGUUCAAGCUACCGUGUUUCUCUGAUUCAGGACAUGACGCGGUACUAUCAUUUCUACGAGAAGUGUGAUUGAGAGAACCUCAUCGGAUAUCCACAUGAACUUUAUUAUCUAUUUAUUUAUUGGCCGAGAAUGGUUUCUGAUUGUUCUAUGUGUGGAUUCAGACUGUAUUCGUCUAAAGUCCUGUCAGGAUUGCCAUACGGGGGUUUUUUAUUUUAUUUUGAGGUCUUCUUGCUGGAAAAUCCAAAUUAAGUUGUUUUUAGGAAUAUUGUAGCUGGUUUCACACUGGUCCAAGCUGGUAGAAAGCAAACUACUGUAGCUGGUCAGCCAGAUAAUGAGCAGGGAUUUUCCAGCAGGUCGACAUGACAUAAGCUAGAACAAACAAACAUCAUGAUGUUAUGGUGUAAAUCUACCUCACUUUUGUACAAUAAAAGAUUCUCAAAAAUCUAA